GAUGAGUCACUCGUACAAUGGAGAUUGUUUAUUGACCAACGAACAUGUGAGAGAUCCAAAUUCAGAGGUGGAUUCCUAAUUGCUUGCUCUCCAGAUCUACACUUCACUAUUCUUGCUCGUUGAAGAUCCAAUCAUCAUCACUCGUUUCCGGAUCUUGAACUUCAACAACAUAAGCAAUAAGCUUUCUUUGUUGAGAGAGUUGAUGUUAUCUCUAAGAUGUUUGGUGGAAAAAGUCACAUACUCAGAGGGAGUGUAUCACUUGCCUUGAUUAUCCUCAUUCUUUUGGUGAUUAUACUCCUGGUUUCCGAGGAAAACCCGCUUCGUGCUUCUCUCUAUGAAGUAAAACGUCAGUUUUCAUCUUCUUCUUCAUCUUCAGUUUGUAACUUUGCAAAGGGAAAAUGGGUUGAAGACCGGAAGAGACCAUUGUAUUCUGGUUUUGAAUGUAAACAAUGGUUAUCAACCAUGUGGUCAUGUAGAAUAAUGGGUAGACCCGAUUUCUCAUUUGAGGGUUACCGGUGGCAGCCAGAAGGUUGCAACAUGCCACAGUUUGACAGAUUCACUUUCUUGACAAGAAUGCAGAACAAGACGAUAGCAUUUAUAGGAGACUCACUGGGACGGCAACAGUUUCAAUCCCUGAUGUGUAUGGCCAGUGGUGGUGAAGAUAGCCCAGAGGUUCAAAACGUGGGAUGGGAGUACGGUCUGGUGAAAGCCAAAGGAGCUCUCCGUCCUGAUGGUUGGGCUUAUCGGUUCCCGACCACAAACACAACGAUCUUGUAUUAUUGGUCAGCUAGUUUAUCUGAUUUGGUACCAAUGAACAACACAGAUCCACCUAGUCUUACUGCAAUGCAUCUGGACCGUCCACCAGCAUUCAUGAGAAACUACCUUCACCGUUUCGAUGUAUUGGUUCUGAACACCGGUCACCAUUGGAACAGAGGGAAGAUCAAAGGAAACCAUUGGGUGAUGCAUGUAAAUGGAACACAGGUCGAAGGCGAAUAUCUCAAAGAUAUCAGAAACGCCAAGGAUUUUACAAUACACAGCGUUGUGAAGUGGCUCGAUGCACAGCUUCCGUUGCAUCCGCGGUUGAAAGCUUUCUUCAGGACAAUUUCUCCGAGGCAUUUUAAAAACGGAGAUUGGAAUACUGGUGGAAACUGUAACAACACGGUCCCUUUGUCUAGAGGAAGCGAAAUCACAGGCGAUGAUGGAUCAAUCGAUACAACAGUCGAGAGUGCUGUGAACGGGACAAGGAUCAAGCUUCUUGACAUAACUGCACUUUCUGAGCUAAGAGAUGAAGCUCAUAUCUCAGGGUCUAAACUGAAACCCCGAAAACCAAAGAAGGCGAGUAACGUGACUUCAACUCCAACGAUCAACGAUUGCUUGCAUUGGUGCUUACCCGGGAUCCCAGAUACUUGGAAUGAACUUUUCAUUGCCCAGAUUUGAAGUAUUCAACAUCAUCACUCACACACAAAGCUAGCUCAAUGUUGAUUCUUUGUUAUAGAAAGGUUUUGUUUUUUCACAUUCUUUCUGGGAGAAUAACAAAGUUCCAGUUCUUAC